CAGCACUUAUACUCAUCAUGCCCAUCCACAGGAGGCAGCCCAGUAUUGAAUUACUGGAAUUCAUGGGAGUGGUGAAAGAGAAUGGCAAUGAACAGGCAUCAAUUCCUCCUGUGCACACUCCGCUAUCAUACGACUAUGUCCUGGUUGCCAAAACAAUGGAUAAACAGGAGAGAGAGGUUUUCAAAAAGCAAAACGAAUACAUUGAAGAACUGAAAAAAAAGAACUUGAAAGUCACAAAAAUUAUUGACGAUGAUCUCGUCUUCUAUGGGAUUCAAGCGCCUAAAGAAAUCUUUGAGAAGUACAGGUAUCUGCUCAAAGUGUCUGAUGCCUGUAACUGGAGCUCGGAUCAGAACAUUGUGCCUCUCAGCACCAGGAUAAGGAUUGUCCACUUCAUCUUGAAUCACACCCCCAUCCGUUCAGGAGAGGUUCUGCGGGAUCUCAUGAAGAUGAAGGUUUUUGAGGCAAAGUUCUGCUUGCAUGAGAAAAAGAAACAGCGAGAGCUGAAGGAGAGCUGGGCUCGAUGGACAGCCUGUCUCCAAGGGCAACCCAUAAAUGCUGUCAGGAACUACUUUGGGGAGAAGGUUGCCUUGUACUACCUGUGGCUGGGCUGGUACACAUAUCUGCUCAUCCCGCCUGCUAUCAUCGGGGUUGUUGUCUUCCUCUAUGGCCUUGCCUUCUUCAACAGCUCACCCCUCAUAAAGGAGGUCUGUGAGGCAAACAUAGUCAUGUGUCCACUUUGUGACAAAAAAUGCAAAGUGUGGCAGCUCUCCGACACCUGCACAUAUGCCAAGGUGAGCCUGCUGUUCGACAAUAAUGGCACAGUGCUCUUUGCAAUGUUCAUGGCAGUGUGGGCAACGCUGUUUUUGGAAUUCUGGAAGAGACAUCGAGCUUCUUAUGUGUGUGAAUGGAAAGUGUCUGAUUGGUGUGAGGAUGAGGAGGAACUAAUCCUGGAAAUUGUGAACAAUGUCAACUGUGAGCCCAAAACAUAUAAGCACUCCUAUCUGCGCAGCACUUUGGUUUUGAUCUGUGUGACAGCGAUGAUAUUGGUGAUCAUUGGCCUGACACAUGUGUUGGUGGUGUUCAGGGUGAUCGCAGCAGUGCUCCUGGCUGAGGGAUCAUGGGAGUUUCUCAGCACCCACUCCAACAGCGGAGCAAUGAUGCUGGGGGCCAUCUUCCAUUACUUCAUCAUCACUGUCAUGACGCGGGUCAACAGGGUAGUAGCCAUGAAGCUCUGUGAAAUAGAGAAAACAAGAUCAUUUGCUGCCACAGAGAAGAGUUUCACUGUCAAGAUGUUCACCUUUCAAUUCUUCACCUAUUUCUCCUCGCUCUUCUAUGUGGCCUUUUUUCUUGGCAGGAUAAAUGGUCAUCCUGGUGGUUAUGUGCGAAUUGCAGGGAAAUGGAGGUUAGAAGAAUGUCACCCUAGCGGAUGUCUCACAGACCUGUUUAUCCAAAUGGCGAUUAUAAUGGUUCUCAAGCAAACCAUCAGCAAUGUCUUUGAGUUCACUGGCCCCUGGUUACACAGGUGGUUUAAGAAGAGAAGAACCCAGAAGCUACAAAGGAAAUGUGCCCACUGCUACCUGAAAGAUGAUAUAGAGACCAAAGAGGGAGCUGAACUGUGUGACAACUGUAAGCUUCGAGAUUGGCUCGGCAACUACCGCCUCAAUGACGUGGACUCCUUCAGCCUCUUCAACGAGUUUCUAGAGAUGGUGAUCCAGUUCAGCUUUACCACCAUAUUUGUGGCAGCAUUUCCUCUUGCCCCUCUACUGGCCCUCAUUAACAAUAUCAUUGAGAUACGCUUGGAUGCCAUUAAGAUGGUCACUCUGGAGCGCCGACUGGUUCCCAAGAAAACCAACGACAUUGGUGUGUGGAUAGAUGUGUUGGAGGCUAUUGGUGUUUUAGCCGUCAUUGCAAAUGGGCUGGUCAUCGGUGUAUCUUCUGACUUCGUCCCUCGGCUGGUGUACCGUUACUACUACGGUCCAUGUGUCAACAACACAGCAACAGAUAUUGACUGCAUGGUCGGCUACAUCAACAACAGCCUAUCCAUUGCCCGAAUGGAUGACCAGAACAUAGAGGAGUUUACUUCUUUCCAGAUGAAAACUCAGGGUGGCUUGAAUGUCACUUACUGCAGCUAUAAAGACUACAGGAGCAAUAAGGAUUACAGCCUUACCCCACAGUUCUGGCUCAUUUUGGCUGUGCGCUUUGCUUUUGUCAUCCUGUUUGAGCAUGUUGUCGUCAUAUGCAAGUUCAUUGCGGCCUGGUUUGUUCCGAGCGCUCCCAUGCACGUCAAGAAUGACAGACUCUUUGAUAAACUCAACAGGCUAAAAGAAGAGCUCAGCGUGUAG